CGUCGACGCGGUUUUAUGAAGCGGUGCGGAGACUUGAUAAGUGGAACGAACGCUCUUGCAUCUCGGUAUUCUGUAGUGAGCUCGCAAACCGUACGGAGCAUCCCGAGGAUCAUCAGUUCCUCCCCGUGUGAAUACGUGACAAUUCCGAGGGAUACGACAAUUUCGACGAACACUCAUUACUGUAAAAAAUGGCGCCGAACCUAUUCGGUACAUCGGCGACUCUGUUCUUAGAGGCCUCGCAACAGAACGUACAUCAAGGGAAGUCGACUGCGGAGAAGGAAAGUAACCAAACGUCGUCAGUCCAAAAAUCAUCCUCGUCCAAACCGAAGUACCAAUGGCAAAUCGUUUGGAGAAACGUAUUUGCAUUCUUGUACGUCCACACCGCAGCGGUUUAUGGAUUCUAUCUUCUCUUUAACGGAACUCGUUUCUACACCUUCGCAUGGUCGAUGGCUAUAAUGGUAAUAUCCGCGUUGGGCAUCACAGCUGGAGCCCACAGAUUGUGGGCCCAUAGAGCGUACAAGGCGAGGUGGCCGUUACGGUUCUUCCUGAUGAUCUGCCAAACGAUUGCCUUCCAAAAUCACAUCUACGAGUGGGUAAGAGAUCAUAGAGUGCAUCACAAGUUCACGGACACUGACGCUGACCCUCACAACGCGAAACGAGGAUUCUUCUUCUCCCACAUGGGCUGGUUACUCGUCCGAAAGCAUCCGGACGUGAUGAACAAAGGCAAGACUGUCGACAUGAGUGAUUUGGAAAAUGAUCCAAUCGUCGUUUGGCAAAAGAGAUUGUAUCUGCUCUUGAUGCCGCUGUGCACUUUUAUCAUACCGAUGUGGGUGCCUUGUUACUUCUGGAACGAGAAGCCGCUCAAUUCUUGGUACGUAACCAUGAUGAGAUACGCUAUAAGCUUGAACUUUACGUGGCUAGUAAACUCGGCCGCGCACAUCUGGGGAAUGAAGCCUUACGACAAGAGCAUCAGCCCCGUGGAGAACAAGUGGGUCGCUAUACUAACAGCGGGGGAGGGAUGGCACAACUACCACCACGUGUUCCCAUGGGAUUAUAAAGCGGGUGAAUUGGGCUUCUACAAAAUGAACUGGACCACAUUGUUCCUCGAUACGUGUGCUCGAUUCGGAUUGGCGUACGAUAUGAAAACCGUUCCCACCGAUGUUAUCAAGAAACGGUCGGGCAGGACCGGGGAUGGUACGUGGGAUCAUCACAAUAUCGAGGAAGCGAGAUGGGGCUGGGGCGACAAAGACAUGAAAGCCGACGAAGUAAAUGAAGUUGAAAUCAUCAACAAGAUCGAAUAAACAGGGGAUCAGCCUGGACCACCAAAAACCAACGUUCGCUCGAUUUGAUCGAUCGUUCGCAACGUCAGUAAUAAUCAAUAUUCCUCGUACAAUAAUGUUAUAACGCGGAACGGAAAGGCACAAAUGAAAUACUAGUUUUACUCUGGGAUUGACCGACGACCUCUUUUCGUGUUCGUCUCUAAAUGUUAAUUACUACUCCAUAUUAAAACAAGAUGCAUAUCCAAUUUAGAAUCGUAGACAUGCUUUUCCUAAAAAUGCACGUUUCACAAAGUUAAAUGAUUAUCCAACGACAAUUAGUUUGUAAUAAUCGAAGGAGAAUUAAUUAUUAAACGGGCCAUUCGUGGACAUUUUGCAGCUAA